AUGUCGUUGCCGGCUGCUGCUGUCCUGCCACCGUCGACCCUCGCCACCGCUCAUCCUUGUCGUUCUUCGCAGAGUAAAAAGGACUUCGGACGAUUGCCAGCCUAUCCGUGCUACCCGGAAGUUCUGCCCCUUCCGGGCAUGGGCAUCACGGCGGAGAUCAUAGGCCCGCCGAGGAAUGUGAGCAGCCAUCCCCAUCUGACUCAUAUUCCUGGCGCCAUACAAAUACAAAGAUGA